UAGCUCUGAUAUCUUCAUCCGGGUCUUUCUCUAAAAAUUUAGAAAAAUGGAAGCAGUCUACAGCAUUCCGUUUAACUUUUUACAGUGCCCUAACCUAAAGCUGAAGAAACCAUCAUGGGUAAAGCAACCGUCUGCAAUGUUCAUGUUUGGAUGCAUCUUACUGUCAUAUUUUCUAGUGACGGGAGGUAUCAUAUAUGAUGUGAUCGUUGAACCCCCCAGUAUUGGAUCAACUACAGAUGAAAGGGGAAACAGUAAACCUGUUGCAUUUAUGCCAUACAGAGUAAACGGCCAGUACAUUAUGGAAGGCCUUGCGUCCAGUUUCCUCUUCACACUAGGUGGCCUUGGAUUUAUUAUUCUAGACCAGACUAACAAUCCAUCUACGCCAAAGUUAAACAGAAUCUUACUAUUAUCCGUAGGCUUUGUGUGUAUUCUCAUCUCUUUCUUUAUGUGCAGAGUAUUCAUGAGGAUGAAAUUGCCUGGAUACAUGCAGAGUUAGGGCCUCUGACUUCAACAGUGAUGAAGUGUGCUCACCGUAUGCAAUACAUGAUCUACAUUACAUAGACAUUGCAUCAUUUUUAUAAAAAUACAAAAAACAAUGCAUCAUUCCUGUGGAUAAACCAACGAGUAUUGGACCUUAUAGUGGAUUCUUUAAGUG